AUGGCCUCGCCGAUCUACACCGUCCUCGUCACCGGCUCCUCCGGCCACCUCGGCGCCGCCCUCAUGCUCACCCUCCCCUCCCAGGGCCACACCCCGCUGGGCCUCGACAUCCUCCCGUCCGAGACGACGACGGUCGUCGGCUCCGUCACCGACCGGGCCCUCGUCGCCUCCCUCCUCGCCCGCCACCCCUCCAUAGUGCACAUCGUCCACGCGGCGACCCUGCACAAGCCCCAUGUCGAAUCCCACCCGCAGUCCGCCUUCGUGGACACGAACAUCACCGGCACUCUCGUCCUGCUCGAGGAGGCUGAAGCCGCCGACGCCGCCGCCGACGGCGGCGAGCCCAGCCAAGACGGCCCCUCGCGCAUGCGCUCCUUCGUCUUCGUCUCCACCACCUCCACCUUCGGCGCCGCCCUCGCCCCGGCCCCCGGCCGCCCCGCCGCCUGGAUCGACGAGUCCGUCGCCCCCGUCCCCAAGAACAUCUACGGCGUCACCAAGCGCGCCGCAGAGGACCUCUGCGCCCUCGCCCACCGCCGCCGCCGCCGCCUCCCCGUCGUCGUCCUCCGCGCCGCCCGCUUCUUCCCCGAGGCCGACGACGACCCCGACCGCCGCGCCAGCCUGGCGGCGGCCGCCGCCGACGACGACGACGACGACGACGACGACGGCGCGAACCUCAAGGUCUGCGAGCUGGCCUAUCGCCGCGCCGACAUCGCCGACGUCGCCUCCGCCGUCGCCUGCGCCAUGGAGAGGGCCGCCGCCGUCGGCUUCGGCACGUACAUCAUCUCCGCCCCUCCGCCCUUCCUCUCGCGGCUCGCCGGCGCCGGCGAGGACAACGGGGCGGGCGGGGGAUCUGGCGGGGGAGGGGCGGCGGCGGCGGCGAGGCGCACGCUCCUCCGGCGCUUGGACGAGGACGCGGGGGCCGCUUUCCGCGAGGCAGUACCCGCGUGCGCGGCCGUGUUCGAGAGCCUCGGCUGGGGGUUUCUUGGGCGCGUGGACCGCGUGUACGAUUCUUCCAGGGCGAUCAGAGACCUCGGCUGGACGCCCGAGUGGACGUUCGAAAAGGUCGUCGAGAGGCUCGCGCGCGGCGAGGACUGGAGGAGCGAGCUGACGCACAGGGUGGGAAAGAGGGGCUACCACGCCGUGCCAACCGGUGUGUAUACCACGCGGUGA